AUGCGCGUCGCCUGCAAACAACAAGCAACCUCUGCAAAUGAGGAGGUCUUCACGUCCGCGCUGUACCAGCAUGUCGCCACUUUGACGCAAAACGGCGUCAACCUGCCUUUUGUGCUGCCGCUCAAGGUCGACCGCCUGGCUGACGGCGGCUUCCAGAUCGGGCUGCUGCGGCGCGGGGACAGCGGCACGUUCGGGUCUGCGGUCGACAUUGUCGGCGUUGUUGAGAGCGUCGAGGACGGUGGGGACCUGCAUGCGCUGUGCCUCGACGGGCCCCCUUGCUUCAGCCGGCCGCCCCGCCGCCGCCAGCUGCCCUGA